ACACCUACAAGCAGCAGACCUUUCCUCACUGAAAGUAAGCCCACCCUGGCUGGCAUUGAGAAAAGAGAAAAUUUCUGUCAGAACGAGAAACAGAACAACAGGUUGGCACUUCCCCAAAAAUGUGGGAAGUUAUAUACACAGUACCAACCUACAAUGUUCAAAUUUGACUAAAGAACUACACUUUAUCAACGCAACUCUGAGUCAUGAAGAAGAGAACUAUCCUCUGGCUUUCAUUGUCACUAUUCACAAAGAGCUGGAUAUUUUUGUUCGCAUGCUUCGAGCUAUCUACAUGCCACAAAAUGUUUACUGCAUACAUGUGGAUGCCAACGCUCCAAAUGAGUACCAGGAAACCGUACAAAAGCUCGUCAGUUGCUUUGAUAACGUGUUCCUCUCCAGUCGUAGUGAAAAAGUGACAUAUGCAGGAUUUUCACGCCUGCAAGCUGACUUGAACUGCAUGAAGGAUCUCUCUGCCUCUCCGAUAACUUGGAGGAAAGUAAUAAAUUUAUGUGGGCAAGAUUUCCCAACCAUGAGCAACCUGGAACUGGUGCAGUAUAUGCAAAGCAAUGAAUGGAGGGACAAAAACAUGACACCUGGAGUCAAACAGCCAGCCACCAUGAAGCACAGAACACGAUUCCAGCAUCAUGAGAUUGUGGGGUCACAUGUUGUCCCAAGGCUGCCAAGACACACAAAACCUCCUCCUCCUCACAAUUUGAAAAUUUAUUUUGGAACAGCAUACUAUGCUCUCACAAGAGAUUUUGCGGACUUUGUUCUGAAGAACCAAAUAGCCCAUGACUUCCUGGAGUGGUCCAAGGACACAUUUAGUCCAGAUGAGCACUACUUUGUGACACUCAACCACAUAAAAGAAGCUCCAGGCAGUCGUAUUGAUGGAGGUUGGGAAGGAGCUAUCCGGGCAAUCAAGUGGAGGGACCAAGAAGGAAAGACACAUGAUGGUUGCAAAGGGCAUUAUGUACGGGACAUCUGUGUCUAUGGGAUAGAAGACAUUCCAUGGAUCAUCGAGAAGAAGAGCAUGUUCGCCAAUAAGUUUGAGAUUAAUACAUUUCCAGAGGCACUAGAUUAUUUGGAGCAGUGGCACAGAAACAAAGUUCUGAACCAGGCAACUGUUCCUAUAAAUCCAUCAUGGCUGCUAUGCUCCCAAAAUAACUCAAUUAACUUCUGAAACAGAAGUGUUGAAAUCGCUGCUGACAUCAUUAUGCUGAUAAAUCUACCUAGUUGUCUAUGUCAAAACGUGAAUCCAGUGCCCUAAGUUGUGAGAGUAGCGUAACUGCACUAUUUAUUAAACUCUUACUUUCCUGCAAUUAUUUAUUGCCUACCCCAUUUAGACAUUUUUGUCACACAAAGUGUUUGAAAAACAGUUGGUUAUUUAUUUAAAACCAUAGUUUCAUAUUAUGUACAGCUUAAAAAGGGACAUUUUUAUAAAGUAAUUUAUUGUUCUAAUAUUAAAUAUAAUAUGUAAAAAAAAUAAAGACAAUGUGAAAAGAAACGUUCAACUUCUAGAAUAAAUUGUUUUCUCUGUUAAUUGAGUUCAUUGACUAUCGCUACAUUUGUUUCUGUGAUGUAAGGUAAGCGCUAGAUUAUUAUUAAAAAGUGAAAGCUCUGAAAGUCUUACCAUGAAAUUAAAAGAUCAAACACAGCUGUUGAAAUGCACUGAGGUCAAUUCUACCUUCAUAUCACAAAGAAUUGUUUAGGUGUGGUCCUGCUCCAAGAUACAAAUACUGAGAUACCAAGCAAGAUCUACAGUUAUUAGUCAUUAAAUUGAAUGAAAUAACUAAAAAUCGGACAUAAAUCUGAGAAACGGGGCUAUUUUUCUUAUAUGUUCAGGCCUAAAAUUCUAAUAUUCCACUCCUAAAGUCCAAAUAGAAAAACUCUUCAACACAACUACAAACUGAAAAUGAACAGAAAUGCGUGUCAAACAUUUUUAGCUAACCAUUCAACAUUUUCUCGCAUUCUCCAAAUUUUAACAUGUUCCUAUGUUCCUCCAUGGAACGCAAAAGCACAUCUGAAAAUAAACCCUUUACAGUCAGCCAGCAUGAUAGCCCCAAAAGAUAAUGUGUCACAAGCCCAUACGAGCUGAAGUCCCAGCUUG